AAGAAGAAAAACGCAGCACGUGAUUGGCUGAGAGCUGCGAUGACUUCCGGAAACAAAUAAACGGUGUGAAAAAUGAAUUCUGAAUUCUUACCUCCUGUGGCAGAACAACUUUUCAGAGAUAUUCAGAAAGCUUUCCUGGAAACGUCUCAAAUUCCUGAUGAUCUGCUCAUAGCGCUGAAGUUUGUCUUUGGACCUUGUGCGCUGCAGGCUUUGGACCUGGUGGACCAGCGCUCCGUCACCUGCGUGUUGUCUCCGAGUGGACGCAAAGCAUUUCAGGUGAUCGGAGGCUCGGGCCGAUGCUACACCUGCUUCUCGUCGUGUCACUACUGCCCCUGCCCCGCCUUCGCUUACACCGUGCUCCGCAGGAACGAGGGUCCGCUGUGCAAACACAUCCUGGCCGUGUACCUGAGUCAGGCCAUGGGAGUGACUCAGCAGGAGAGCGUGAGCGACCAGCACAUGUCGACGCUGCUCAGCGGGACCUCGGCCCUGUGACGUCCCCGCUUAAAAAGACUCUUUAGGUCACUGCAGAGAGAAGAGCACGGGAACACUCUUUCAUACGUCCCUCCCUAAGACACCAGAUGUUGCUUCAUCUAUUUUUCUUAUCUUUCAGAAGAUUUCUUAAUCUGUUUCCACGGCUGUGGCAUCUGUUCUCUGAGAAUGUGCAGCGUCGGCUCUUUUUUAAUCUGAAGCUGCAUCGUUACAGGAAGAGGACGACUCUGCACGCUCUGAAAAGAACUUUACCUUUGUGUAUAUAUGAAGUGUAUUAUUUAAAGCAAGCUCUAGCAAUAAAGACAGACAUGUAACAAUAUAAA